UUGAUGAGCUGAGCAUGUGCAGUAUUCAGAUCUAAGCAGGGACGACAAAACUGAACAACAAUAUUUUUCUAAAAGCAAAUGCAAUUCAUCCCAGAUUGUCAGUAUGCAAUUUGUAUUCACUAUAGGAACAUAAAACCAAAUCCAAUCUAAUCAGUGGGGAAGAACGAAGAUUAGUCAAAAUGAUCAGGAAUAGAAAUACGACUUCUCGACUGCACAAACACUGUGAAAAAUGUUAUGAUCGGCACUGCAAAAAGACUUUUGAACCUUCUGUUUCCUGUUUGGUUAUCAGUUGCUCUUCCAAGUGUGGUGCUGUCUUUCACCAGUGUAAAGAGGAUGAACAUACGCUACUAUGUCCACAGGAACAAGUACCUUGCCUGAAUUCAGCCUUUGGUUGUCCCUUCGUUAUGGCACGCCAAAAACUUUCCAAGCAUCUUUAUGUUUGUCCUGCCAGCAUUGUGUGUUGCUCAAUGCAAUGGAACCGCUGGCCAGCUAAUGAAGAUGACAUUGCACUAAAUAAAAAUGCUGUCAAAGAUUCCUUGAAUCCUGAAGACUUAGACUUCAGCACUGCAAUGACAGAUCAGAGGAUUCUUUUCAAUUCAGUGAAGUUGGCUGAACUAUUCCCUGAGAUGGCUGAACCUGUUGAUGAAAAUAAGUUAAAUUUGAAUGAGGAAGGGGCAGUGGGAGAACAACAAGUCAAUUCUGCAACUUUAGAUGGGAAUUUCAAUGAAGCAGGUAAAGUCUGUGCAGAUGUGGCAGAAAUGGCUGAACCUACUCCAGAAGAACAAAAGGCUAUUGCAGAAUCCAAUGAACUCGAAUAUUUGUCUAUGUAUUCUACUUGGGAGCAUAUUUUCAGUAAGGAUAAAGGUUGUGCCUCUGAAGAAAAAGCCACAAAAGCUGAAGCCAAACAAAAGAGUGAAAAGUCAUUAGUUUGCGAAAGUAACAAAAGUCUACAUGAAAAUAAAAUAAAUAUACCCCCAGAUCCAGCUUUGUUAGCGUCAGUUGAAAAGACAGGUGAAGCUCCUUGGCAGGAAGGUGUUCUACAAAGGCUAGAAACUCAAAUGGAUAGAAAACACUUCAAUAUGUACUUGGUUCAUCAUGGCAGUAUGCUUAUUCGGUUUGGCCAGAUGAGUGCAUGUACACCCAAAGAAAGAGACUUUGUUUAUGGGAAACUGGAGGCUCAGACUGUUAGAACUGUCAACACUUUUAAAGUUCCUACCAGUUAUCGUGCCAAGCGUGGACAUGUUGGAGAAACAUUGUCAAGUAAGGUCAAAAAGGAGAACAAAGCUGUGGACACUUCUGACCUGGACACAGAGGAUCAUUAUAAUGAUGAAGUUACUAUUUCAUUACUUACUUAUUUGGAAAAAGUUUUAAAAGGCCACAUUAUAUCAGAAAGAAAAGUCACUGAUGGGCUGACCAUUGAUUUUGCAACUCAGACAUAUUCUUUCCCCUCCUCUCCUUUUAGCCAUGAUAUAACUUUGGCUGAUGUAGCAGCACACAAAGAAUCUUGUCUAUAUCUGCAACUCCAGAUGGAGUGUAUCACAAAACGAUACAACAAUGCCUUUACAUUUAUGUGCCACCAUUUCUUCAGGAGAGAUGAGUUCUCAUCACAUUUCAGGAAUGUGCAUGCUGAUAUUCAGUCAGGCCUGAAUGGCUGGAUGCUACAGAGAUGUCCUCUUGCUUAUCUUGGCUGUUCCUACUCACAACUGAGAUUUUGCCCUUCCAGUCAGAAGGCUAAAGUGAUCUACAAUCAACAUCAAAGUACGUUUGCAGUCAAACCAGACAUUCCUGCAGUUCUGUGUCAGCACAGUCACAGGGAUCCAAAAAUAUGGAAAAGUAGGAAAAGUGGGCUCAGCUUGAGCAGUCUUCCAUAUGAGAUACUGAGGUACAUUGCAAGCUUCUUGGACAGCUAUAGCCUAGCACAACUGUCCCAAGUAUCUGUACUGAUGAAUGCAAUCUCUUCCACUUUACUGCAAGAGCAUGGCAUGGUCUUUCUUGUCUGGGAAAAGAAGAGUUACUCACAUGGAAGGUUCUCUUGGCGAGCUCGAAAACGGAGGUGGCAGUUCAGCUCUGUCUUCUCUACUGUCGACAGUUGGAGGUUUAAUGAUAACCCCAGUAUCGCAGAACAUCUGAAAACCUGUCCAUACUAUGUGACAGAGAGUAAAUCAAAGCCUGUCGCUCUCAUCAGUAUAUGCAAGUCUCCAGAAUUGAAACAAGAGAAAAAGACCCUUGUUACAAUGUUUAGUAAGAAGAAAAACACAAAUAGAUUUUCCAACCUGAUUGUAUGA